AUGAAGUUCUUGAGCCCAAAAGGUGCUGUCAAGGAUGCGAAGGAGCUCGAGUAUCUCGUAGCUUUACAUCAAACUACACAUGCUGAAAUAGAGGAGUUCAGGGAUGGUUCAAUUGAUGACGAGGAUGUGCGAGUGUUUCUAAUGUCAAGAUUUGGAAUCGUCGUGACCAACGAGCAAGUCAGAGAGUACAUUUUCAAAGGACUUGCUGGCGGAGACGGGGAAGACGAAGCCAUUGAUAUUCUUGAGCUUGUCUCCAUACUGAUGAUCCCCAUGCUUGUCAAGGUUUCUGAUUCUGUCCUUGGAAACAAGAAGAGGACUUCUAUUCUAACGAGCGAUCAAGAGCGCCUGCUGCCACCACCUACAAUCAUUGCUGAUGUCCUCCAGAAUAUCCUGUCCGACACAACAGAUGGCGAAUCGUCGACAGCCAAGCCACCUCCCCUGACUCCUUCCAUUUUGCGCCAAAUUUUUGUCCAAUAUGAUGAGCUGGAGCUGGUGAAAGAUGACAAAUUGAUCGAAGAGAUGAUUGCAGUUGCAUGUAGAGGUAGACCUGGAGCACCUUUGGAUGUCAAAGCCUUUGCACGUGCAUUGUCCAGUGACGUCAAUCUAUACAAUCCAGAGAACGAAACUCGAUACACCGAGAUACUAACGGAUAUCUUUCCAAAUGGUGUAGAAAAAGCGGAGGAAAGUGGUGCAGAAAAAGCGGCGGAGACUGAUGUUGUUGGAGACAGUACGCAAUCAGUGAAAAAGGUCAAAACCUUGUCGCAUAUGGAUUUCACGGCCGACACCUUCGUCCAUUCGCUCCACGUCAGUAUGCUUUGGUUGGUGAUAGUGUUCUCGUACUUCUUUUACAUGUUGGGAGUCCAAGGUGCUGAUUUUCUGCAAUCAUCAAAGGAUGGAUUCGGCUACAAAGUGGGAUACGCAGUCUUGCGAUGGACCAUCACUAUGCUGAAGCUUGUGAUCCUUGGAGGAGCAUUUGGUUUCUGUUUAGGCCUGGGAAAUGGACUCCCUCUCAAGUCGAUCAUUGGCCCUUUACUUGGAUUGAUUGCCACUGCUGUCCUUGUAUUCGUUCCCGCUUCGUACAAAGGAUCGAACGAAAUCUUUGAUACCGAUCUCGAAAACUCCGAUGAGCAUUCUGAAUGGCCCGGUCUUGGCUACCUCCUUGUCAUCUUUGGAAUAGUCCUAGUUUUGCUCCAAGUCAAGAAUAUUUUCGAUCUCAUGAUGCCCAGCUUUGAACACACCAAGUUAUACACAAUCGUUGACAGGGUCGCUGGAAGCAGCACGCAACUCUCCUACCGAAGCAAACAAGCUGGUAUCUUCAAGAUCAACCAGUUGGUCAAGAAUGCAUACGAGCUACACAAGCUGGACGAGAAGGCGCAAGAACGAUCCCUUCUCAAGUCUAGUCGACCCGGGGAAGGAUCGAAUGACAGCCCGACUAUUCACAAAUCAAGCAAAGCGAUCGCUCUUCGGAACUACGCCGACCAGGUCGACGAGCUUGAAGAAGUGGGCGGAUUUGUGUGGUCUGUCAAGGAAUACUUCAGUGGUCGAUUGGCAGGAACGGAAGGUAUCUGGCUGCCUUCGAGAUUACUGGCAGCGAACGCAAUUCAAUUCUUCGCCAUCAUCAACUCCCAGAUGAGGGGCUUCUAUGCUGGAAUUGGAGUAUGUCGCGAUGUUUCCUUCGAAGGACCUGAAUGUUAUGACCUCUUUGAGCCUCUGAACAGUACCGAGGGUCUUGAUGGACUCAUUGGGGACACUUGCACGAGUCUUCAAUCUGCUUUCACAGCGGUAGAGGCACAAGUGACAGACACCCUUCUUGGUGCAAAUUGCUCUGUUGUCUUAAGCGCAGCAAGAGACUUUGCCAACGAAGCAGCAAUUGAUGAGAAUAUCGACCCAGCCGAGAUCGAAAACAUCAUUAAUCGCUGCUACGGAGUGAAUACUAUGACGGCCGAAGAUAUUGAAAAGUUCAACGAAUGGUUUGAUGACGACGAAUUCUUCCCUGACAUUACGAACGAGACACUUUCUUACUGCUCUGAGGUCGCAGAUUUCAUAAAGACAGACGCUUUUACCGAUCUCGCCCCUGGAUUUGAGGACGACGCCUUUCAAGCGUACCGGUUGUGUAUGGAAGCCUACGGAAGUAUCGAGAUGGAAAGCCCGUGUGAUACACAAUUAUUUUCGCCCUUGCAAGAAAUCUUUGCGUACGAGAAAGACUAUGAUGGUGAAAACUUUUGCGUUUCUUUCAUUAGUGCUUGCUACAUCGAUCCCUUCAAUCCCACAAGAGCGACGUGUAUCAUUGGGGAAAGCGAAGACAUGGUGUAUCAGUUUCAAGGUUCCACAUGUGAGACUUAUCCUCAAAUCAACAACACAAUGAAAUACUAUGAAGAGAACAUCCUUCCGCAGCAGCUAUCUGUCAUGCGCUUCUUUCCGGAGAAAUGGACGCUUUACCUAACUGCAAUCAUGUCUAUUGUCAGCGGCUCAAUUGUCGCAAUCAUUACAGCGGGUGUUUACAUUCCAUCUGCAAUCCACACCGUGCUCAAAUUCCGUUAUGGAGUCAUUCCUUCGCUGAAAGAUCCCAAGUUCCUCAAAUACCGCGACAACCUGGUCAAUCAAACGUACAUGAUCGGAGCAAUGUUUUGGGGUCUAAUUGUGACCACCUUGAUGGUCACCAUUCUGAUUGCACUGAUUGUUUUUUUGCUUGUUUGGCCCGCAAGUCGCGACAUUGUGAUCAAUCUGUGUGCGCAAGUGUUGGGUAUUGCGGUAACCAUUAUUCUAAGGAGCGUACUAUGUAUGAUCUUUCUGAAAACAGCUUAUGCAGGAUUCUACCGCAAAAUGCCAGCGUUUGCCAAUGCCUUCAUGUUUUGCAUGGAAUGCUGGAAUAUUGCCCUUACUGCGGCGUUUGUGUUGGGUCGUCUUGUCAAGUUCUUGCUAGCCACUGGUCUGUAUGUUGGCAGAAUCGAUCGACCUGUGUUGGCCGAAGGCUUGGCUCUGGAUAUUGAUUCUCUACCAAGAAUUUUCCGUCAGAAUCUACUUUCAGCGGAAGCGCAUCGCCACCCGUACAUCGAGCAGUUGGCGCAGAUGUACUUGAUGAAGCUGCGCCACAAGGAUGAUUUUGGAACAAAGGCAGGGUCCAUUUGGCGGCUUUUGUUCGUGUCUGCCUUGAUGCCUUGGCUAAGGAAGAAGCGUAUUCAAGACGAUGUGGAUAUUGGCAAAGAAAUCGUCGCUAAAAUGAGGAGCAGUAUAGCGCAGGGGGAGCCCGAAAAGAAUCCACGUAGGAUCAGCAGAGCCUCCUUCCUGAUUGAUCCAUAG